CUCGACCUACUGACAAGCCACCCCACCCACUCAUCCACUUACAACACCCUGCAUCACCACAACAUCCAACCAAACCGCCACCAUGCCAACCCCAGACCAACUCGCCGCCCUCGCCCUCACAGACGUGCGCGAGCCCAUCCUCGCCGCCGACCUCCUCCCAGCCCUCGGCAGCAGCCCCUUCGUCCACGUGCCCGGCACCUUCAACACCCGCGACCUGGGCCUCGUCCCCUCCCCCUCCUCCUCCUCCACCAACCAGCUACGCCCGGGCUUCGCCUUCCGCUCCGGCUCCCUCGAGCGCCUGACGCCCGACGGCGCCGCCCUGCUGGCCGGCCGACUGGGCGUGCGCCGCAUCUUCGACCUCCGGUCCCAAGGGGAGCGCGCCGCGGCCCCGGACCCGGACGUGCCCGGCGCGCGCAACACGUGGGCGCCCACCGAGGAGAAGGAGGCCACGGUGGAGCUGGCCGCCUUUGUCGACGGCGACGGCGCCCGCGGCUACGCAGACAUGUACCUCGACGUGCUGCGCGUCUACCGCGACCCGUUCCGGUCCGUGCUCGAGCACAUCCGCGACAGCCCCGAGGAGCCGUUUCUGUUCCACUGCACUGCCGGCCGCGACCGGACCGGCGUGCUCUCGGGCCUGAUAGCUUCCCUGGCCGGCCAGGACCCGGCCCUGGUGGAGCUGGACUACCUGCUGUCCCGCGUCGGCACCGAGCCCGCGCGCGAGAUGCUGCUCGGCUUCCUGAUGAAGGGGUCUGGCGCCGCCACCACCGACGACCCGGGCCUACACAACCUCGCCAGCCUGAGGCCCGGGAGCUGGCGCGCCUUCCUCGCCGCCGUCGACCGCGAGCACCUCCCGGGCGACGGCGGCGGCGGCGGCGGCGGCGACGGCGGCGACGGGCUCCGCGCCUACGCCAGGGACGCCCUCGGCUUCUCCGAGGAGGAGCUGCGCCUCAUCGCCUACAACCUGUCGAGCGGAUGGGCGCCGCCGCCGCCGCCUCCUGCCAAUGGCGCAUGAGUUAUGAUUUAUACUGGGGGCGUUUGCGUGCACCUGUCUUUUGUCUUUCUAGAGUCGGUUCUGUCUCGGGCUGUGUGUGCGCAUUUCAACUAUCUCUGUUGCUAUGGCCCAUCCAGUCCAUGCCACUUCAAGGGAUUCCCUUCUACCCA